GAUUUUCUUGGGAUGUAAUGGAGGAGCUCCUCAGAAUUCUGUUUCAUGCCUGUGACGAGCUUCCUCUUCUUGCUUUCAAGAAGAGUCACUCUAAUCCCCAAUGGCAUCGUCAUCCCUCAUUUUCCUCGGGCAUUUUUUCCUUUCAUUCCUCAUGACUUUUUCCCAGCCUCAAAUUCAGACAUGUUUCAAGGUAGAAACAUUACUGACCUCAUGGCAGAGGCUGCAGAAAAUAUGGAGAAGGCACACUAAUUCCUUGACCCACGUGAGACAUCCAAUUUUGGAUUCUUGUUCCUUGACAUCACUUAGUUCAUCACACAAGGAUUUGCUUUCAUCUAUAUGGAAGAUGAGAGAGAUGCUGAAGAUGCCAUCCGAGCACUUGAUCGAACAGAAUUUGGUCAGAAAGGACGUAGGCUUCGUGUUGAAUGGACAAAGCAUGAGCGUGGCAUUAGAAGGCCCGAGGGUGGGGGCGGUGGAUCAAGAAGAUCUGCAGCAAAUACAAGACCUUCAAAGACUUUAUUUGUCAUCAAUUUUGAUCCUUACCACACUCGAACUAGGGAUUUGGAAAGGCACUUCGAGUCAUAUGGAAAGAUUGUAAGUGUAAGGAUCAGAAGGAAUUUUGCAUUUGUACAAUAUGAUUCCCAAGAUGAUGCCACCAGGGCUUUGGAGGCUACAAAUAUGAGCAAGCUGAUGGAUAGAGUUAUUUCAGUUGAAUAUGCUGUACGAGAUGAUGAUGAUCGUCGAAAUGGAUAUAGCCCUGAGAGAGGUCGUGAUAGGUCACCUGAGAGAGGUCGUGACAGGAGACGAUCUCCAAGUCCCUUCCGAAGAGAGAGGGGUAGCCCCGAUUAUGGUCGUGGCUCUAGUCGUAGCCCUUAUAGGAAGGAGAGGGGGAGCCCUGAUUAUGGUCGUGGCCACGGUCCAAGUCUUUAUAAGAGAGAUAGAGGUAGCCCUGAGUAUGGCCAGAUCACCAGCCGAAGUCCUCAGAGAAGAGAGAGGACCAGCUUUGACCAUGCUCGUGGCUCCAGCCGAAGUCCUUUCAGGAAAGAGAGGGCUAGCCCUGAGAAUAUCCAAGGCUCUAGCCGCAGUCCUUAUAGGAAAGAGAAGCGUAGUGCUGAAAAUGAUCGUAGCCCCAGUCGCAGUCCAUAUAGAAGAGAAAGGCCCACUUCUGACAAUGGUCGUGCACCCAGCCAUAGCCCAUAUGGAAGAGAGAGAAUUAGCCCAGAGAAUGGCCGUGGUAGCAGCCCUGGUUCUAUGCCAGAAAGAAGGGCCAGCCCUUAUGGUGGUGAAGCUGAAAGCCCAGUCAAUGAAAGAUAUGGAAGUCAAUCUCCUGCAGCAGAGGAAUGAUUAGGAUCUAGAGAAAGCAUUUAAAGGAGGAACCUUCGUCUUCAUGGCAGAACUCAGUUGGAAGUGUUUUUAUUUGCUUUUCUUUUGUGACGAAAACUGUUUCGGCAAUUACAUUUAGAGCUGGAUUCUGACAUUUCGCUGUAGCGUGUAGUUUUAAAAGCCUAGAUUUCUAGUUAGGUGCAAUGGAUAUAUAUAUCCUGUUUACUUUGAACUCGAAGUAAUAUGUUUUAAGUACUCGGUUUCCCAACUUUUUUGUUUUUUAUGUCUGAUUUGAUUUCAUUAGCUA